UCCCCUCAUUCUUCUACUUCAAACAAACAACAACAGUCUUCAACCAUGCGCUCUCUCUCUUUGGUAGCCUUGGGCCUCGUUAUCGGCUCUCCGUUCGUCCAUGCGGACCCAGAUGGCGGAUACGUCAAGACCAUGUUCAGCGGCAGCAAGACCGUGGCAACAGCGACUUCAACGUUCGAUGAUUCUCGCUUCUACUCGCUCUGGGUCUCUUUCAUGCGGCAGCAUUUGGUGACAGUUACCGUGACCACCUCUGUUACUGUCCCUGCUGCUACUACCACCAGCGUUGAACUUACCCAAAUAGCCUCUAUUUUACCCUAUCCACCGCCGUUUACCCGACUGGAAGUCACCGAGACAGAUUCAGUCUAUAAUACUGUUACCAAGUCCGUUUCUUCUUGCAGCAGUGGUUGUCCGUCUGUGACUGCUGCGCCAGUUCCACAAACUACCACCAGCAGUGCCAAGAUGUCGAGCUCUGCUGAACCAUCGAAGAACGGCACCGUGCCAACGUCCACUCAAAGGGAAGAAACAACUAUGAGCUCUACGACCUCUACGACCUCCAAGGGCCGCUUGACUCCUAGCAAGACGCCGCCGCCUCUCAACGGGCCCGUGAACGGCGUAUCUACGACUGCCGCUCCGGUGAUGGGCGCUGUGGCUGUUGCCAUUGCCGGAUGGGUCUUGAUGGUCUAAAGCAGGAUUACGCGUAUGGACUCUACGAUACAGGUUUAUUUAUUUAUUUUGGGAGGC